UAUGGCUGUGAAGGCUCCUAAUCAGGACUUGUGUUUUCUAAAAACAUUGAAGAGGUAUGAAGCGAUUGACAAAGUGAUCUCGAAAGCAGCUUUAGAUAAGUUCUGCAAACACUUGUGGUAUUUGACGGAUGAGGUUGCCAUUUUAGCAAUUUUCGAUGAUGAACUAGACGAUGAAGUGAAAAUACGGAUGAUUUCUAAACUAGAGUAUGAUAACGAGAAGCCGUGCCAUCUGGAAAAGAGAUAUGUUCCAUCUAAACAAGAAAUCGCAAACACUUUAUUUACUAAAUGUUUGGAUGAUUUCGUGUCUACAAAGAGCAAACAUUUGUUUACACGCUUGAAAAUUGACACAAGCUUCUUGAGUGUUCCUGUUUUAAUGUGGAGCCAAAAUGAUGCUUACUUGAAUGCUAAAUCUAAAAUUUCGACUCUUCGAGCAGUUAAUGAUACAGCAGAAAGGGCAGUUAAGCUGAUGCAAGACUUUCACGGAUUAAUAACGGCGGACGAAGAGCAGAAACAGUUCCUAUUACGUUGUGUUCAAGAGCACAGAAAGCUUUAUCCUGAUUGUAAAAAAGCUACUCUGCGAAAAAUGUAUCCCAAAUAAUUAUAAUAACAUUUAAUUUCAUGAUUAUGAUGUUUAUUUUUACUUAUUUCCCUAUU